UUCCAGGCGAUCCCUCCCUGGUUCCCUCUUAAUUCUCUCGUUCUCCUCCCAAAUUUCAAUCCAUAUUUCGGUAUUAAAUCAUAAAAGAAAUCCCCAUGAGAUUGCCCGAUCCCAAAUCCAUCUCCCAGAGACCAAAAACCUCGGAUUUUGCUCAUUAAUCCGUGCAGUAUUCGUGAGUUCUGGGAAGAAUUUCCCAUGAACCCGUCUCAUAUGUUCAGAAAAACCUCUUUAAUCCAUCUCUCUUAAUUCCUUUGUAGCUUUGGAGUAUUUUAGAUGAAAAGAAAAGGAUUUUGUUGGAGUAAAAAGGGUAAAAGAUUCAAUUUUGCUGUGUUUUUCCUAUUGAUUACCAUCUAAAAUUGACUCCAGGAGGGGAAAGAUCCAAUCUUUGUCACAAUUUUUGGACCUCUCAAUCUGAGAAGAAAUGGGGAGGCUUCAAGGAAGAUUUGGAUCCGUCCUGAACAACAGAUGGCUGGUUUUUGUGGCUGCAAUGUGGGUGCAAUCAGUCGCGGGAAUUGGAUACCUCUUCGGGAGCCUGUCGCCGGUGAUCAAGAGCUCUCUUGGCUACAACCAGCGCCAGACCGCCAGCAUCGGCGUCGCCAAGGACCUCGGCGACAGUGUCGGAUUCCUCGCCGGCAGCCUUUGCGAGAUCCUGCCUCUCUGGGCGGCGCUGCUCAUCGGAGCGCUGCAGAAUUUUAUCGGGUAUGGGUGGGUUUGGCUUAUCGUCACGGGGAGAGCGCCGGCUUUACCUCUGUGGGCGAUGUGCAUUCUUAUUUUUCUGGGAAAUAAUGGAGAGACCUACUUCAACACAGCUGCACUGGUUUCAUGUGUACAAAAUUUUCCCAAGAGUAGGGGCCCCAUAGUGGGAAUACUAAAGGGAUUUGCUGGUCUGAGCGGUGCAAUUUUGAGUCAGAUAUUUACAAUGAUACACACAUCUGAUCACAGUGCUCUCAUCUUUAUGGUUGCAGUGGGACCAUCUGUGGUAGUUACUGCCUUGAUGUUCAUUGUUAGACCUGUUGGAGGCCACAGACAAGUGCGGCCUUCAGAUAAAUCUAGUUUUAUGUUCAUUUAUAGCGUAUGCUUGCUUCUUGCUGCUUAUCUAAUGGUUGUCAUGCUUCUAGAAGAUUUAGUUAACUUGAGUCAUAUUGUGAUUAUUUUAUUCACAGUAUUGCUACUCUUUCUCCUAAUAUCUCCCAUUGUCAUUCCAUUGCUCUUGACUUUCCAUUUUGAUGUUAUUUCUCCUGCUCAAGAAGUUCUCUUGCCUGAGCCUUUGAAAGGAGAGACAAGUAAGUCAGGUCAAUCUGAGGAACAAAAUGAGGUUAUUCUAAGUGAGGUAGAAGAGGAAAAGCCAAAAGAAGUCGACUUACUACCUGCAUUGGAGAGGCAGAAGAGGAUAGCCCAGUUGCAAGCUAGACUAUUUCAAGCGGCAGCGGAAGGAGCUGUGAGGGUCAAGAAGAGGAGAGGUCCACGUAGGGGAGAAGACUUUACCUUGACACAGGCAUUGAUAAAGGCAGACUUGUGGCUUAUCUUUCUCUCUCUUUUGUUGGGGUCAGGAUCUGGUUUGACAGUCAUUGAUAAUCUGGGCCAGAUGAGUGAGUCGUUGGGUUAUGAUGAUACUCAUAUUUUUGUAUCCAUGAUCAGUAUUUGGAACUUUCUUGGCCGUGUAGGUGGUGGCUAUUUUUCUGAGAUCAUUGUGAGGGACCAUGCUUAUCCAAGGCCAGUAGCUAUGGCGAUGGCUCAGAUUCUGAUGGCUAUUGGACACUUCUUAUUUGCCAUGGCCUGGCCUGGAACAAUGUACAUUGGAACAUUGCUGAUUGGACUUGGAUAUGGAGCUCAUUGGGCCAUUGUGCCAGCUGCUGCCUCUGAGCUAUUUGGCUUGAAAAACUUUGGAGCCUUGUACAAUUUUCUCACUGUGGCCAAUCCUGCAGGUUCACUGAUCUUCUCAGGUCUAAUUGCUAGUGGUAUAUAUGACUACGAAGCAGAAAAGCAAGCACACAUGCAUAAUAGUUCAACAUCUUUGCUUCAGAGUUUACAUCAUGAUGCAAGUUUCCAGGUGGAGGAGCCGCUAAAAUGCAAGGGGGCCAUUUGCUUUUUUUUCAGCUCCUUAAUUAUGUCAGGAUUGUGCGUCAUUGCAGUUAUCUUGAGCCUAAUUCUUGUUUAUAGGACCAAGAUUGUCUAUGCCAAUCUAUAUGGACGUACUCGCACAUGAAGUUUUCUUUCAGGAAGAAUAUAGUCUGUACUUAAGAUGCCUUUUUUUUCUUCUCAGUACCAUCAAGCGUCAAAUUAUCCGAUUCAGAAUCCUGAUUGGUGUUGCAUCCACAUUGCAAUGUCAGAGCCAGUUUCUCCCUUAUCAUCUAUAGCUCUCAGGCAGCAGAAUUUGCUGGAAAAUGGAGAUUAAUGAAGCCUACAUAAUGUUUUUUGUUUGUUCUGUAAAAUUGUCAUUUUAUUUGUGCAGGCAUGAGAUGUCAUGCUAUCAUUGUAUAUUAUCUUCCGGAGCUUUGUUUUUUUUUUUGUUUAUUAUGUAUUGUAAUUUGUAGUGUCAUUAGUAUCCAUUGUUUUA